UCAGGGACCCGUUCCCUAUGACUUAGUCUUGGGCUUGGAUUGGCUGACGGAACACAAGGUGGCCUGGUAUUUUCAGUCGGACAAGCUCCGAACCUAUGUGGAUGGCCAGUGGUGCGAGUUACCGGUCGUUCGGACUGGCGAAGCAACGCUGCGAGGUGACAGUUCCAUCGCAGCCCAGCCAAGGACCCCUGCAGAACAAGCGUACGAGAUACUGGCAAAGCAAGUGGCGGGUAUGUCUGCCGAGGAGGCAGCCAUAUUCCUACGCCCACCUCCAAGGAGGUAUAAACCCCUCGCAAAGAAGAAGGCGAAGGCGCGAAUAACGUCGCUUGUUCGUCAAGCGGCUGCGGACACAAAGGAUCUCAAGGCUCCAAUGCACGGUUUGCACCUCAUACUGGCUUUGCCCGAAGCCGGUCCGGCAAUGCCCCUAAGGCUCUCGGAUGAGUGGCAAGGCGCGCUUUGCUGCGCGUUGAUCGGGACUCACCCCGCGUCCUCCAGUUGGCAUAGUCCUUCGGCCAUAACCGUUUCGGGGGCAACGGAGAGUGACGAGGAGUCCCCCUGGCCUCACGCGCUGUGCUGCGCGUUGAUCGGGACUCACCCCGCGUCCUCCAGUUGGCAUAGUCCUUCGGCCAUAACCGUUUCGGGGGCAACGGAGAGUGACGAGGAGUCCCCCUGGCCUCAGGCACAACUCGAGCACACUCUGUUUGACGCAUGGAUACAUUCGACAGAGGCGCAGGAUAUUCCACGGGAGAUAGCACAAGUGUUGCACGAGUACCGAGCGGUAUUUCCCGAUAACUUACCUAAGGGAUUACCGCCGAAACGCCCUCAUGAUCACCAUAUUCUACUUGUGCCUGGAAAACUUCCGGCGAAAUCUGCAAUAUACCGUAUGACCCCAGAUCAGCUCACAUUCCACAAACAGGAGAUAGCUAAGUUGUCAGACAAUGGUUGGAUCGGACCGACCUACUCGCCUAUUUGCUCGCCUACAAUCAUGGUGAACAAACGCGACGAUGGCUCAGGGGAGCGUAAAAUGCGUAUGGUUGUAAACUACCAGGCCCUAAAUGCCCUUACGAUAGCCCCUGAAUUUCCCUUACCUCCCAUCCAAACCAUUCUCGAGAUGCUGGGAGGCGCCCAGUACUUUUCCACCCUGGACCUAGAAGCAGCCUUCCAUCAAAUACGCAUGGCUAAGGCAGACCGGUGGAAGACAGCUUUCCGGUCAGUUCUUGGACUAUUCGAGUACCGAGUGAUGCCCUUCGGCCUUAAGGGUGCUCCUGCCAAGUUCCAGGCCAAUAUUAAUGCCUACCUGCAACCUUUACUGGAACAAGGCGUUAUUGCGUAUCUAGAUGAUGUCCUCAUCUAUAGCUCGGAUCUCUCGGGGCACGUAUCUCUC